UCAGGGAUGUCAACUGAAUACGUGCAGACAGCACGCGAGAUCUCCGAAGACAGACGGGAAGGGCGAGACAAUCGCUGCAGCCACUUAAGCCAGCCUUAUGCAGAUGAUCUUUCUGAACAGUUACUUCAAAGCUGUGAACUCAAAAAGAUACCAAGAAAGGGGACAGCUCUACAAGUCUCUCAGAAAAGUGACCUGGAGCAAAAAAAACCAAAAAGAAAAGACACACCAGCAAUCCAUACCCCACCACCCAUACCAGGCAUCCUUUCAGAUCACUUGAUCAGAAGGUGUGACCUCUCUGAGAAACUACCCAAAAGCCACGCCAGUCCAGCAUUUCAAAAAUCGGAUCAAGAACAGAAAAAACCCAGAAGAAAAAAUACACCUGCAAUCAAUACACCACCUCGACUUGCCGGUGUCAGACUACUUAAGGAUGGUGAGCAGGCAGUGAUUGUUGAAGAUGAAGAAAAGGAUGCAGAAACUUCACCUUUUUAGUUUCAUGUCAUUUGGCCAAGCUAUUUUUGUAAAUAAUUCUGUGUAAUUAA